AGCCGAGACCGGAAACUACCGCCGUCCCGGCAGGCCUUGCGAGCUCUCCGCCGGCACCAAGACCAUAGAGAGGAGCGGGCUGCGUUCCUUGGUGAGCCCGGGGCCCCAAAAGGCUGGGAAGCAAGCCGGGCUCAUCUGGCCCGCGGAGGACUCGACUCAUUGGUGCGCGCUUUACCUCCGGAGGAUCUGGUGUAAGUCGGGGUUUCUCAGCGUGAGCUAAAUUGAAAGAAGAGCAGACCUCUAAAAAGUCUUUUGGAAACAUCUCUAAAAUAUUUGUAACUGUGUAUAAGCAGCUAAAGAGAAAUUGACCCCCAACAAAACUAACUGAAUAAUUGAGACAGUUUUAUGUGUGUGUCAUCAAUUCUAUCCAGAAGCUGAAGAAUCUUCCUCUGCAUUUAAGGAUUGUGUGCACUGAAUGAGAGGAUGACUUUUCAAUUUAAUUUCGCUAUAGAAGACCAACUGGAAAAUGAAUUAACACCCCUUAGAGAUGGAGCUUUGGCCCUGGAUUCCUCAAAUGAGUCUUUGAUCUCAGGAAGUCAAAAAGGUAAACAUAGAGACAAAAAAUGUUCUAUAGAACAGUUUAACUUGUCUCAGGAUCAUUUGUGGGAACCUAAGUCAGUGGGAAAUGCAGCUCCCUUUCAAGACACAGACACCUCCCUCAGUUCAGCUAACAGUUCAAGUAAAUUGGAGCCACAUGAAAAACAGCCUUGCUUGAGAGUUGCCAAAGAGCAUGCUAUGCCUAAAGAUUUAAAGAAAGUGUUAGAAAAUAAAGUCAUAGAAAUGUUACCAGGUCUCCAGCAUGUUAACAUAUCGGUAGUGAAAACCAUCUUGUUGAAAGAGAACUUCCCUGGAGAAAACAUAGUUUCAAAAAGCUUUUCUUCUCACUCUGAUCUGAUUACAGGUGUUUAUGAAGGAGGCUUAAAAAUCUGGGAAUGUACCUUUGACCUCCUGGCUUAUUUCACAAAAGCCAAAGUGAAGUUUGCUGGGAAAAAAGUAUUGGAUCUUGGCUGUGGAUCAGGGUUGCUGGGUAUAAUUGCAUUCAAGGGAGGGGCCAAAGAAAUUCAUUUUCAAGAUUAUAACAGUAUGGUGAUUGACGAAGUAACCUUACCUAAUGUCGUGGCUAACUCCACUUUGGAAGAUGAAGAAAAUGAUGUAAACGAACCAGAUGUGAAAAGAUGCAGGAAAUCAGAAGUAGCACAAGAACUGUCUAAAUGCCGGUUCUUUUCUGGGGAGUGGUCUGAGUUUUGUAAGCUUAUAGUAACCAGUGAAAAACUCUUUGAGAAAUAUGAUCUCAUUCUCACCUCAGAAACCAUUUACAAUCCGGAUUAUUAUGGUACUUUGCACCAAACAUUGCGUAGACUGUUAGAUAAAAAUGGGCGGGUGCUUUUGGCCAGCAAAGCACAUUAUUUUGGUGUGGGUGGAGGUAUUCAUCUCUUUCAGCAGUUUGUAGAAGAAAGGAAUGUAUUUGAGACUAGGACACUCGAAAUAAUUGAUGAAGGACUAAAGAGGUUCCUAAUUGAAAUGACUUUUAAGUCCCUCGGUUAAUGUCUACUGAGUGUCCUAAAUGAAAUAAACAUAAUCACCAAAAACUUGCUUUAAAUGUUCCAUUUCUACUUUGCUAUUAUUUUUUCCUGAAAUUAUGACGUUUGUUUAGUUUUCUUCCAAAUAAUAAACCAGCUGUAUUAUCAACUUGUACUUGCCAGAUGGGACUGAGAAAAUAGUGUCCCUGAGCAUUUGAUGAGAUUCCCUAGGAAAUCAUUUUGUGAGAAAGUUUUGUUUUCCACCUUCAUUCUGUUUAUGCUUUCCGCCACCCUUGACAUUACAUAAAUUUGCUCCCAGGAAAAACUGCCAUUCCUUAUCUCAAGUUUGAAGUUCUUCCCAGUCUUUGUUAUUUUCUGUUCACAGAAGUGCCUGGUGUGAUCACCAUGCCGUUAAUUCUGAGGGCAUACAUAUGCAUCACUAAAUGGUACUGAACUUAAAUAUCAGAUUGAAGGCCUUAGGUAACUAGGAAGAAGUUUUUGUUUUGUUUUAUUUUUAUAUUCAUUUAUCUCACAUAAUAAGAAUCAGAAUGCUGAGCAGUUGAAGUCACAUUGAGAUGGAGAAAUAAAGGGGAAUCCUGAUAGCGUAAAAGUGGUACAGAAAACUUAGAGUGCUUAUGGUGAACCCUUAUAGCCAAGUAAGUAGGAGACCCAAGGGUCUUGGUAGGAGGAAAAGAAUAGGAAAGAAGAAUUCCAGGUUCUGGGGAGUAUAGACUUCUCACUGGUUAAAUAGUAGGAAAAAGAAGGGGAGAAAAAGUAUUUUUGAUUCUAGUGCAAAAAUUGUCACAUUUAACAUCUGAAAUUGGGAUCUGCCUUCCUAUCUCUAACUAUAGUAUAGUGGGUAGUUUUUUCUUUCUUAGAGGUCCCUAAAAUAAUGGUACAACUUGCGGUCACUGAAAUGUGCUGUUUACUGGACAUCUGUUAACUAGGCACUUUGUAUGGCAUCUUGCUUAAUAUUUACAACCUAUGAGGUAUAUAUCCUCCCCAUUUUAAUAAUGAUCAUAAUAGCUAACAGUUCUCAGCAUUUACUAUAUGCAGGGCAGAAGAGCUUUA